GUGGCGCUGUAUUAGCGUUAUUACGGCGCCGCGAUCCGGUCGGGUAAUAGCCGCCACGGUUAAAAUCGAACCGAAGCGAGCUGAUACGGUUUUUCGUACUCGCUCCACGGAUCCCGUGUGUCACUUUGCGACCGUCGGCGAUUCUCUCCACAUCGGUUUCCAUCGACUUUUCCCGCCGCUUCCGUCCGAAUUCCCGCGAACACGAAUCUCGCCCGAAACCGUGCGGGACCCGCGAACAGAAGACAAGUGAACACGGUCCGGUCGACGCAGACGCGUCCCUCCGUCGCUUAUCUCACGGCUAAUAGUCUUCUGCUUCCGCUUCUGCUACUUGUCGGAGAAUGGUCCGGCGGGAGACACGUGCUUGACGACAGCGUGCAACACCGUCACAGAUCCACGGCCAGAUUACUCGCUACGGACGGAAGGUACUUAGGACCACAGACUCGAUAAGCAUGAAGCACCUGAUCCUACUGGCUUGCACCCUCCUGGGAUUUCUCGGGUCCAACGCUCUUCCUCGGGACUCGAAAGUAUACGAAGAGAUGUCCUUCUGGCUGAAGUCCGGACAAGACAAUAUUCGGAAGAAUCUCGGUUAUCGGAACAUCGAGAGCCGAGCAAAGAACAUAAUUGUAUUCAUCGGUGACGGUAUGGGCAUAUCUACGAUCACGGCCGGACGUAUAUUCAAAGGUCAGAUGAUGGGUACGACUGGCGAAGAAUAUCAACUGGCUUUCGAGAAGUUCCCCAACACUGGUUUCGCCAAGACGUACAACACAGACAAACAAGUACCUGAUUCGGCGGGAACAGCCACGGCGAUCUUCUCCGGCGUCAAGUGCCGUUACAGAGUGAUCGGAUUCGAUAACAGAGCAUCGUAUAAUCGCUGCGACAAAAACAUCAACGACAACAGCAAAGUGUCAACGAUCGCUGAUUGGGCGCAAAACACUGGACUGGCCACAGGAUUCGUGACGACAACCCGAAUCACGCAUGCGACGCCAGCUGCACUCUACGCUCAUACCAAUAAUCGCGACUGGGAGUGCGAUACCUCGAUACCGAAACAAUACAAAGGCUGUGUGAAGGACAUCGCCAGUCAGCUGAUCGAAAAUGCACCUGGAAAACACCUUCAGGUGAUGAUGGGUGGCGGUGCUCAACACAUGGGUCUACCGAUGGAACCGAUAGAUUCCGGCACGUGCGUCAGAGGCGACGGGCAAAACUUGGCGAAGGUGUGGGAGGACAACAACCCUGAAGGAAAGCUGGUGACCACUCACGAUCAACUGAUGUCCCUCGAUAUCGCCAACACGUCCAAGAUCCUCGGGGUUUUCGCAGCCAGUCAUCUUCCUUAUCACGCUGUGAAGACGCCGGAAACACCGAGCUUGACGAACAUGACCUCGCAAGCCAUCAAGCUGCUUCAAAAGAACAAAGACGGUUUCUUUCUGAUGGUCGAGGGUGGCAAGAUAGACAUAGCCCAUCACCACAACUACGUGAAAUUAGCGUUGCGAGAGGUGUCGGAGCUCGAGGACGCGAUAAUCGCAGCCUUGAGGCUGGUCAAGAUCGAGGAAACGCUGAUAAUCGUGACCGCCGAUCAUUCGCACGCGUUCACCAUCAACGGUUAUCCGGUCAGAGGAAACGAUAUCCUCGGUUUCGCCAACGACAGUGAGAAGCCAGAUAUAAAACCCUACGAGACGCUCAGUUACGCCAACGGUCCAGGCUUCUAUCAUCACAGACGAAACGAUAGCAACAACGUCAACGAAACCUGGAUAGCCGUCGAGGAGGACCCGACCCGCGACGAGCCGUUCUAUAUGAGCAUGGCUGGCAAAUACAUGAAGGAUGAAACCCAUGGAGGCGAGGACGUCGGAGUCUAUGCGAUAGGUCCUUACUCCCAUCUGAUACGUGGCACCUUCGAACAAAAUUACAUCGCCCACGUCGUGGCGUACGCGGCCUGCUUCAAGAACUGGCCAUCUCACUGCGACAACGCGUACAAUCGAUACUACUACGAACUGAGCAACUCUGUAGAUCCAACUACGAGUUCGCCGUUUCUGCUCCUCGCGUCGGUCGCGGCUCUCCUAAUCGCCGCCAAAUUUUAAUCGUCGAUUCUACCUCUCGCGCGGCACAACACCAGUAUUCUCCCAGAGAUGGUCAAAAUCCUUAGGAUUGGAUAAAUUGUAUAGUUUGUACGCAAAAGCUACUCUUAUCCGUUCGUUAGUAAUUAGUCUGGACUGAGUCGUCUCUCACGCGAUUCGAGUUUUGCCCAUCUCUGUUUUCUGCCAUUUAUCUUUCCUCUUCUACUUUGAUUGUUCUUCGUUCGCGACUUUUUCACCCAGGGCUACUUCUCGUUCAGCGUCAUCGAAUCAAACCCAUUCGUCUCUCUUCGUGUCAUCUUCUUCCCUGGUCCGUCGCGUACUUUUAAUUUACCCGAACGUAAGCUAUACCGAUGCAACGUUAAAGUGUUCCGCUGUAAAUAAUUCGCGCGAUUCGUCGUAGUAGGUACUACGCUGCUAUAUAUACACUACACACACAUAUAUACAAUAUAUUUAUAUCUGUAUACAUACAAAUAUACAAAGCGAAACGCGCAUGUGCGCGCACAGUACAAGAAUGGACGACUAGACGAUAGAAAAAGAAAUGCUGAAGAAGAUCACGCAAGGUCGCUCGGUUAAAUAUAUUUUCACCUGUGAUAUUCAA